UAGAACAUGUUUUUGUUGGCCUAACGUUACUGCUGUCGGUGUUUUUUAUCUGUCGGGCAAUGUUUGUAAGGGUGUUUUGUUUUAGCGUUGUCAUUUGAUCAAAGAGUUGAGUCGUUUUUCAUAAAUCUCAAAAUUUUCUUGUGUUCUCUUUUGGCACAGUAAGAUUUUUCUUGUAGAAAGAAUUCAGAAAAAGCAAAAUAUGUAUAUUUCACUUGGGGAAAAUAUUGAAUUGAACUCCAUUUGCGUUGCGUAUUUUUUUCCCCUUAUGCUGCUUCACCUUUUUUGGCCUUUGAUGCCAUUCCUUGAUUUCUGUAUAACUGUGGUUUUGACUAAUUGACCUUUCGGAUUUACAAGCUGGGUUGUUAUCUUAAAUCUUUCAUUUAGUAUUUUUUACAAUUUGCUCUGUUAUUCAACACAGUUUUGCCAAGCUGUAGCUUUUAGGUUUUUGUUCGGUGUUGUGGUUUUCAACAAUGUAUUGAGAAGAAUUUAUUGGGGGCAGUGAAAUCAGGAACCUAUGGAUGGAUUGGAAGAUCAACAGGGAACAAUAGCAAAGAAGUGAAGAGGAAAUGAGAGAGGAGUCAAUAGGGAUAGUUAUUGGGGUUUCCAUAGGGGUGGUUAUUGGACUGGUUUUGGCAAUUUUUGCAUUCUUCUGCCACAGGUAUCAUCGGAAGCGUUCACAGAUAGGCAAUAGCAGUUCUAGAAGGGCUGCUACCAUUCCAAUCCGCGCACAUGGUGCUGAUUCUUGCACCAUUCUAUCAGACUCAACCUUAGGUCCAGAGUCACCCAUAAAGUCUGGAAGGUAUGGCCUUCCCUUCUGGCUUGAAGGGUUUAAGAAGAGUAGUAACAUGCUCCCAGCAUCUGGCCUACCUGAAUAUGCAUACAAGGAUUUGCAGAAAGCAACACAUAAUUUUACAACAGUCAUAGGACAAGGUGCAUUUGGUCCUGUUUAUAAAGCUCAGAUGUCUACUGGUGAGACUGUUGCAGUUAAAGUUCUUGCAACUAAUUCUAAGCAAGGGGAGAAAGAAUUUCACACAGAGGUCAUGUUGUUGGGAAGGUUACACCACAGAAAUCUGGUGAAUUUGGUUGGAUAUUGUGCAGAAAAGGGGCAACAUAUGCUUGUAUAUGUAUACAUGAGUAAUGGUAGCUUGGCAUCCCACUUGUAUGGUAGUGAUGUGAAUGAAGCACUGUGCUGGGAUUUGAGGGUCAACAUAGCUUUAGAUGUGGCAAAAGGCUUGGAGUAUCUUCAUGAUGGGGCAGUUCCCCCUGUAAUCCAUAGAGACAUCAAAUCUUCCAAUAUUCUGUUGGAUCAAUCCAUGCGAGCCAGGGUUGCUGAUUUUGGACUUUCAAGAGAAGAGAUGGUGGACAAACAUGCAGCCAUUAGGGGUACCUUUGGCUAUCUUGACCCUGAAUAUAUAUCUUCAGGAACAUUCACCAAGAAAAGUGAUGUAUACAGUUUUGGAGUAUUGCUCUUUGAAAUUAUAGCUGGCAGAAAUCCUCAGCAGGGUCUUAUGGAAUAUGUUGAGCUUGCAGCAAUGAACAUCGAGGGAAAAGUUGGGUGGGAAGAGAUUGUGGAUUCUCACCUUCAAGGAAACUUUCAUGUGAAGGAACUGAGUGAAGUUGCAGCAGUAGCUUACAAAUGCAUCAACCGUGCACCAAAUAAACGUCCUUCCAUGAGGGACAUUGUGCAAGUGUUAACAAGGAUCCUUAAAUCAAGGCACCAUGGGAAUCAUCACAAGAAUUCCUUGUCAGCAACGGAUGAAGUUUUCAUUGAUCCUGACCAGCUAGAGACCAUGAUUUCAGUCACUGACCACAGGAGAGAAGAAUCUAAGGAUAAUCCUGCGACAGAGGUGUACGAUGAGUAGAAUGUUGUUUCAUCGUAACCUCAUUUUUUUAGUUAACUUCACCUUUUGAUUUUGGAUUUGCAUGUACAUGGUUGUAGAUUUGGUUUCUAUACGGUUGAGUUAAUGUUCCAUCUUUUUUUUUUCUUUGCA